CAAACCAAUAAAGGAGGACUUGAAAUGAGGGCGUAGUUACCAGAGGAAGGCUCAGGGGGACCACAUUUCCAGUUUCUUGUCAAAAGGAUAGAAGUUAAAAAACAACAAAAAUACAACUGAGAUCCAAAGUUGCCUUCAUGGCAUGUGGGAAUGACAUCAUCGCUGAUCUGAUUGGUGGGUGUGGUGUCAAUCAUCUGUCCAUUGCAUCCUGAGGGCGGGGUUUCUCCUUGGCUGUGGAAGGAGUGUAAAACUCUGAAUUCAACCAACUCUGCUAACCACAGUUAGACCAUGUCACGGCUCAAAGGAACCCCAUGGAUACCUUUCACCACGGUUCAUCCACUGGCUACUCUACGCCUUUUUACCUGGAUUGUACUUGUGGGUGCUUGGCUGGCCAUUGCACAGGCCCAGCAGCACCCUAUUGUCACGACAAACUAUGGCAAGCUAAGAGGCUUGAAAACGGCUCUGCCCAAUGAGAUUCUAGGGCCUGUGGAACAGUACCUGGGGAUUCCCUAUGCCCUCCCACCCACGGGGGAGAGAAGGUUUCAGCCCCCCGAGCCCCCCAUGUCGUGGCCAGGGAUUCAAAAUGCCACACAGUUUGCUCCUGUUUGUCCUCAGUUUCUGGAAGAUCGUUUUUUACUCAAUGAUAUGUUACCUGUAUGGUUCACCGCCAACUUGGAUACCGUUGUAACCUACGUACAAGAUCAAAGUGAAGACUGCCUGUACUUAAACAUUUAUGUUCCCACGGAAGAUGACAUCCAUGAUGAGAAUGGGCUGAGACCUGUUAUGGUGUACAUACAUGGUGGGUCCUACAUGGAAGGUACAGGCAAUAUGAUUGACGGCAGCAUUCUGGCCAGCUAUGGAAAUGUGAUCGUGGUGACCCUGAACUAUAGGCUGGGUGUGUUGGUCUGUCUGGCCUGGAAGGCUCCUACAGGUUCCCUGAGGCUUCUGUGUUUAGAGUCUCCACAGCAGGGCAAGGACAUGCACAGCCCAGGGGAGGAAGUCCAAAUGGGCUUCGGUCCUCUAAAAUGCUUGAAUGUGGGAGGAAGACAAAUAGAGAGAUUAGGAGCGACAUCGAAUGAGAAACAGAGGGAUUUUUUGGGUCGCAAUAGCAAUAUAGCUGUGCAGAAAUAA